AUGUUACGAACUGUUAUGAACCAAUGUGUUUUCCUUACAAUUUCUAUACUAACUCAAAGUGUAUAUGGAAGUCAAGAGGAAAAUAAUAAAAUUAGAAGACAGGUGAACUUUCACUGGGACGAUGAUGACGAUCAAGAUGAUGGGGAUUGCUUAUAAUUAUUAAAUUAAAUAUGAAAAUAAACACUAGAUAGUCUUAUUCUUUCUCAUAAAUUAAGAAGAAUUAAUUAUUAGAAUAAAGGAGUAUUUAUAUAAAAUAAAUAUAUAUCAUAUCAGUGAUGAAACUUGGGUAUGAAUAAUUACAGGAAUUGUAGUUGCUAUUCUUGGGUUCAGCUUCUGUGCUUAUUGCGGAGUCAGAUUUGUGAAAAGAAGGCGUGUCCGUUCUGAGCUGAGAGAAAAUUUAGUUGAAAGUGUUAGGCAGCCUCAGGCUCCUUCUAAUUCGAAUCAAGCUUCAUAUAUCCCACCUCAAAAUAUUAAUCAGCUUCCAUACACUUAUGCGCAGCCAAAUAGCCAGGCUCCCCAAAACUCAUUUCAAAACUACCAAAACCAAUAUCAGCAGCCGCCAAAUCAAGUGCCAGCCCAAGCACUAUACCCUCAAUUUGGAGUUCCAAUAGUUCAAAAUAACCCACAGCAAGGGCUUUAUCCAGUACUCCAGCCAUUGCCAAAUCAACCUGUGCCAAACCAACCUUUGCCAAACCAACCUUUGCCAAGCCAGCCUCAAUAUCAAUCUAACUUUAAUAGAUAA